UUUGUUUUACGAAAUUUUCAUUUUGUUUUACGAAAUUAUAAAAAUAUUGAAAUUUUAAAUGCUUUUUAUUAAUACAUUAUCCCAGGGAUGUGGAACCUGUAGCAUGUGGGCCAAAUACGACCCGCAAAAAAAGUUCUGCAGCCCAUGAAGUCAGCUGCAUAUAUUUUUUAAAUUUAUAUAGUAGUUUUCUUCAGAAAUUUCUGCAUCCGAACUUGAUAUUUCUGCAAGAGGAAAUCUGCCCUUUUAAUAUUGUAAGUUCAUAGACAAAAAGAAACUAUUAUUGGUCCAUGCAAGCCUAUAUUAAAUAAAGUACGACCGCGUUUUCAACCAGUAAUUUAACCUUGCCCUCCUGUAAUAAAGGUUGCACGUCCCUAAAUUAUAUUUUUGCUAUGUUUAAGUUUCAAUUUCCAAAGCAUCAACCAAACUUUUAUAACCAACUGAAUAUAUUAAGUUAAAAUCUAAGCAUUUUUUAAAAUUUAGUAAUAAGUGCCUUAAUAAUAAAUUCUAUAACUUUUUUUUAUAAAUUUUGUAUACUCAUAUAGUUCUGUUUUAUUAAAAUAUUUUCGUAUGUUUCAAAAUUUAUAUGCAAUUGUUUAUUAAAAUUGUUUAUUGAAUUUUGUGAGCCUGUUUACCCACCAUCUCAUAUUAUUUCAUGUAUGCUGUACUUACGAGUAAACUAGUAUUACUUAUAUUUGAAUGUGAAUGUAACUUACUUUAUCUUCGCGUGGCAAAAAAACGACAGUCAUUAUAAUAUGGGUGUUUUGUUUCAUACACCCUGAAUGUGAAUGUAACUUACUUUAUCAUGUGUCGUCGGAAAACGAUAGUCCUUAUAACACGGAAGUUCUGUGUCAUACACCUCGUGCCAGCUUCAAGUAACCAUGUAUGUUACUUUGUGGGUAAUGGUUGAUGUAUCCCUUAUAAAAGUGUGUUACUUUGCAGCGCUGGUGUUGUUUAAGUUCCCUUUGUUCAAUUUAUUUUGUAUGAUUAAAACUUAUUUAUUUCCUUGUUUAUUUUCAUAUUCUGCUGUACAUUUAUAAUUCUGCAUUUCCUGUAGGUAAUUUCUGCUUUUGCAGCCAUUUUAAUAUGAUUGGUAAAAUUAGGUCAAUUAUUCUGCUCCUGACUGUUGGCAUUGCGACAAGUGAAAAGUUAUUUGGCAAUUCUCCUUUAACUGUGGCCCACCCAAGUGAUCUGUUGAAAUGGAAAUUUCAUAACAUCAAAUCUGUUAAUCAAGACAUAUUAGAGGUAGGGAGAUCUAUAUCAAUGGAAAAUAUCCUCAAAUUGAAGAAUGUGUUCAAUAUAUCUAAUGCGUGCAUGGAAUCUUUGGAACAAUUGGCACUUGAUUCUUUGGAGUUGGAAUCAUAUGCUCUUCAGAUGUUGGAUGCAUGGGGUAAACUUGGCAGUGGUGUAUUAGAAGGUCAUUUGAAUUGGCCAGGUCGAUAUUAUGAAUGCAGAAACGCUAAAAACAAAAAUGAAACAAUCACCCCAAAGUAUUACACAUCAUAUAUUGGUUAUGAUCCAACAGCAUUAGCUGGAAUGUUUCUCCCUGGCCUAUCAGUCGGUGGUUGCUUUCCAUCAAAUUGUUCUUUGAAUGACAUUAACAAUGUGUUACAUAAUCUUGUGAAUAAAACCAACAUACCAGGUAUCGUAGCUUUUGCUCAAUGUCCUGAAAAUGUGAUCACGUGGAGUGCAGCUGAAUGUAUUGGAGUAACUGUAUGUUCUACAUUUGUUCUUCUGGUUGUAUUAAGUACUUUGUAUGAAUAUAUCACCUUAAACAAGUUUGUUUUGAGUGUUAAAACUGAGUCUGAUUCUGAAGAAUUAAUUUCAACGUCAAACCAACAACCAGGCAAACUUCACAAGCUUGCAAUAUCAUUCUCUGUGAUAACAAACACCAGGAUUCUGUUAAAUACUGAUCAAAAACCUGCUCAAAUAAAUUGUUUGCAUGGAAUGAGGUUCCUUAGCAUGUCUUGGGUAUUACUUGGGCAUUGUUACGUUUUUUCUAUAUCUUUUACAGAUAACAUCGUAUUCACUGCAAGAUACUUUGUCGAUCACUUUGCGAUACAAGCGAUUACAAACGCAACAUAUUCUGUGGACUCGUUCUUUUACUUAAGUGGGCUUCUUGUGGCUUACCUUGGUUUGCGUGAAAUGAGAAGAAAUGAAGGAAAAAUAAACGUGCUUUUGAUGUACUUGUACCGAUAUAUUAGGUUAACCCCUGCAUAUGCAUUGGUUAUUCUUAUAGUUGUCAGUAUUUACCCAAUGUUGGGUGAUGGACCAAUGUGGCCACAAGAACAGCAAGAUCUCAAACGUCUUUGUGAUGUAAAUUGGUGGGGAAACCUUUUAUACAUUAACAACUUGUACCCAGAAAAUACUGGCAAACAGUGCAUUGUUUGGAGUUGGUAUUUGGCAAACGACUUUCAGUUUUACAUCCUUGCACCCCUGUUUCUAUAUUCACUAUACAGAUUUCCAAAGUUAGGUUUAUCCAUACUGACGUUUUGUUUAACAGCUAGCAUUGCAAUAACAGGAGGUUUCUCUGCGUUCACAAACCAACAACCUGCUGUCCUCGUCUUUGCCCAACUAUCAAAGCUUGUGCUUCAUCCAAAAAUGCCUACAAAUUCAACAACUCCACAGUACAAUCCUUAUAUACAGGAUUUGUACAUGAAACCAUGGUGUAGACUUGGUGCUUACUUAGUUGGCAUGUUAACAGGAUAUAUACUUUACUCUAACAAUAACAAAGUAAAAAUGUCAAAGGUAAAAUCAACCUCUUUUUAUUUUAAAUGAGAUAUCCAUUUGGUC